GUGAAGGUGUACCGCCCAGGUCCCGGGAAGCAGUGUUGCCACAAGUGUCAACAACACCCCUGGUCCACGGACGACACAACAUGGCUGACCCCGACACUGACGAGUGCAAUAGGGAGGUACGUGCUGGCCGUGGCCUGGCUGCCAUUCUGGCCAGUAUGGGUGCCAAUGUUGCCAACACAAGCAGCAAAUUUAAGAAGCCAGCUCCUCCGAAAACCAAGCCUGCAGUACAACAGCAGACCAAAACCCUGGGUUUUGAUUUAAGUUCAAUGGUGGUAUUAUCAUCAUGGGAGGAUAUUGGUUCAAGUAUUCAGGAAGACAAUAGCAUUGACCAAGGUGUCAGAAAUGAAAGUUCGCCACCAACUGCCAAACGUGAAGCACCCAAAAAUGAUGAGAGUGACAGUAAGAGACAAAAACAAGGCAAGGAUGGUGCUAGUACAAGUGUUGAGAAGACCAACAUCGUGGAGGAUGAGGGGAAACCUGCCGAUACCAGCUCCAUGCCCAAAAAUGCCGAACAAAUUUUAAUACCGGCAUCAUUAAAUAGUUGGUGUGACUUGAUACAGUUUAAUAAUGAACAUGAUCAAGAGUGGUGUGAUAAUGAAAAAAAAAGGCUUGAUGAAACUUAUGGUGAAAACAUCAUUGUUCUGAAGUACAUUAGCAACCAACCUGGGAAAUUAGGUUACUAUUGUGAGCUUUGCUCUUCAGAAAUGCAUUCAGAUGUUUCCCUGGAUCUGCACUGUAGUGGGAUGAAGCAUUUCAAGAAGAAGACCAUUGCCGAGAAAAUUAGACUUCAACCAUCACUUGGUGCUACAGAGGAAAAAAACAAUGCUGAAAGCAAAUCGGAAAAUCCAGACCUACCACCCAGCAAGCAGAAGAAGAAAAGAAUAAGCAGAUUUCAACCACAAGUGGGACGUCCCUCUUCACCGCCAAGACAUCCCUCACCUCCGCGAAGACAUCCCUCACCUCCGCGAAGACAUCCCUCACCUCCGCGAAGACAUCCCUCACCUCCGCAAAGACAUCCCUCACCUCCGCGAAGACAUCCCUCACCACCGCGAAGACAUGCCUCACCUCCGCGAAGACAUCCCUCACCACCGCGAAGACAUCCCUCACCUCCGCGAAGACAUCCCUCACCUCCGCGAAGACAUCCCUCACCACCACCAAGACGUUCAUCACCACCAUAUAGAAAUGAUAGAGAUGGCAGAAGGACUGAGUCAUAUGGUAGUGGUGGUGAUGGUUAUUGGAGGAGCUCGCCAGUUUACAGGGAUCAAUAUGAGAGAGGAGGCAGCAGUAGAUCAUACAGUCCAGCGAGUGAACGCCGACGACUUGAUGACUUCCGGUGCCAUACUCCUCCGCCCCCAAAUAUUUCUGACUGGAGAGCUCCUACUCCUACACCAUUGCUAACUCAAGAUAAAGAUGGUGGAGCAACUGGAUUACUGCUUAAAAAAGUGGCUGAUUGCUCGAUAAACAAUUUGGCUGAUGAAGAUCUUGCCUCCGAGGUCAUCACUCUUCUCUUAAAGGCGCUCACAGAUUUCUACCAGAAAACAGAAUCUUACAGUUCUGUUCAUUUGAUAACAGAGACCGAGAUUAAAUUCAACAUCGUGAAGGAACUUCAGAAGCGUUCACAAGCCGAGAGAGGUGCUGCAUAUUCAAAUGUUCAACAGACAAUAGAAAAUUUUAUAUCACGUGCUUACAUUAAUAACCAGCAAAAUCUUUACAGGAAGUAACAAUGGUCCUGCUUGUGUGAUUAAUACAGUAAUAAUAAUAAUAAGAGGAUAAUGGAGAGAUUGUGGAAGACAUGUGCACCAACUUAGUAAGUGGAUGAGGCUUGUAUGCAUCAGUCCUUCAGCCUCUCCACUGAAGGACUCAUCAGGCCACUGCCAAGAUGUAAACAAUCUUAGUUGAUACCAAUGUUUAUUUCUACGUGGUCACAGAAACAAGGGGGGGGGGGAAUACCAGUACUUUAUCAUAUAUUCAGAUCUUUGUAGAAAAGACCCUCUUUUUGCCAAAGUAUAAUUCUCUGCAGACUAAAAUAAGCAGUAUCCUGAUCUAUCUACAUGUGGAGAUUUUGCAGUCAUUCUGAGACAUUUUGCAAUUGUUAGCACUUGAUAAAUUUUGGAUAUUGACAUCCCUCCAGGUCAAAUAUGUAGUGAUUAAAGUAAAGACUUUCGUAAAAUAAUUUUAAAGACUUGGAAUUGAUGCUGAUGAAUAUAGUAAGUGGUAUAAUAGUGAUAAUGGCAGUGUCUAGUUACUAACUGCUCAAGUACAAGUUUAUUCACCUAUCGAUCAGAGGUUUAUGUUAAACAAUAAUAUUUAAGUUUAGAUGAAUGAAUAUGAAGCACAUCACCUAUCCAGUUGUGUGGAAGUAUAAGACUGCAAUAUGUUGUGGAAAUAAAUGUAUUAUAACUU